GUGGACAAAUACCUGAAGACCAACAGAAUGAAGUUAGAAUGUGGUGGCCAUGGCCAGGAGACGGCCACCUUGAAGAAACAUUCGGAAAGUACCACAGUGGUGAACUUCUGUACAGAGACAUACAUUGAGAAGAAAUUCCGCAAAUGUGUGAAACUUCUACACCCAGAUGUGGACCUGGGUCAAAUUAUCAACAUUACAGGACCAACCUGGACAGAGGAUCAGAUCAACACCAUGUGCAAAAACCUGCCCCUUUACAAGCCGUGUCCUGCGAGAAUAUUUGAAAGUUGUGACAUUCCAAAGAUGAGGAUGCUGGGAAAAGUAACAAACACCAUCUUGGAAUAUAUAUGUCGUGAAGGUUUCAGAAUCUAUCUCCGUGUGUUUACCUGUCUCCAGACGGAUGAUUCCACUCGCUCCAUCAUCCAGCAUUGCAUUAGACAUGCUUCCAGUGUCAACACAAAGGAGUUCUACUUUGACGGAGAAUAUAACGAAGAGAAGAUAUGCAAAUACAAUAACGACAUGACCUACUACGGUAACCACAUAGCACACAUCUGUGGGAACCAGGCAAAAGAGUUCCUUAUUGAACUUGUUGGUCGAACAAUAAACCCUUACAGGACAUUAGUCAAAUGCAAUAAUUACAACACAGGUGCUAUAGUUGGAAUAACAGUUGGCUGCCUGGUGUUUGUCACGGUUGGAUUGAGCAUCCGCUAUGCCAGGAGGAAGCAACUCUUCGCACAUUUCCCAAGAGUCGAAUGUCUCAAUACACCCACAGUGACAGGGACAAGCCUGUAGCCAUCACCAUCCAUGAGAGAAUAGAUACAUGACUGGAAGCGGUGGAGAGAAAAAGUCGGGUGAGCACAUUUGAUGUUUCGACGCAUCUAGGUUGCUGAUGGUGCCGAAGGUGCUGCAAAACAAGAACUUGUUUUUUUGUUUUUUUUUUUGUUUUCAACAUGAGACUGCAGAGAGGAAAGAUUAUUAUUACCAUCAUCAUCAUCAUCAUCAUCAUUAUUAUGGUUCUUCUUCUUCUUCUUAUUAUUAUUAUUAUCAUGGUGGUGGUGAGCUGGCAGAACUGUUAGCGUGUCAGGUCAAAUGUUUGACAGCAUUUCAUCCGUUUGUA